AUGAGAGGCGUAGUAAUCAAGGACCGUAAUUCCCCCUGGGAAGUCUCUAAUGAUCUGGAGAGACCUGUUCCGGGAAAGCAUCAGGUUUUGGUGAAAUCGUUGGUUACAGGAAUUAAUCCUUUGGACAAUAUAAUGCGACAGACCGGUUCCCUUAUCCCAUCCUACCCAAUAGUACUCGGCUGUGACGCUUCAGGAGUGGUUGUUGAAUUAGGCCCUGGCGUUGAGAAAUUCAGAGUUGGAGAUGGCAUUUUUGGAUGUGCGACGAGAGUCGGAGAGGAGGGCUAUGGUACUUUUCAGGAGUUUCAUUUAAUGGAUGAGAAACUGGCGUUUAAGAGACCAGAAAGAGUGUCGGUUGAAGAAGCUGCGACAAUUGGAGUGGGACUUUUGACGGCAGCAAUUUGUCUAGAUGAGGGAAAUGAUAUCAUGUAUCCUGCCACUCGCGAGAAUCAACCAGAAUGGUUUAUUGUUUUAGGAGGCACGUCGAACGUCGGACAAUACGGAAUUAAGCUUGCGAAACUGUGCGGAUACCAAGUCCUUGCUUCAUGCUCGCAAUCUAAUGCUGAGCUUGUCACAUCUGUCGGUGCAGAUGCAACAUUUGACUACAAACAAUCUACCGAAACACAAUUGUCUGAGAUCGAAAAAAUUACAUCGGGAGAGUUCGCGGGUAUAUUCGAUGCGUCGGCUGCUAGUUCCACCGUAGGCUUGGCUGUUUUGAACACCAAAUCCACAGCCAAAACACAAAAAACAUUCUCGACCACGAAUGAUUGGGACGAAAUCGAAGAACAAAAGGAUAUCAAAAUUUAUCACGUCCACCUUGGACAAAUGGGAAAUUUUGGAGAGCCAUUAGGCGACGCAACCAACAGCAUUGUAGAGAAGCUAAUCCCAAGACUUGAAACCUUGCUUUGGAAAGGACUAUUAGAGCCAAAUGAAGGAGAAGUAGUUGCGACUGGAUUUGGAGGGGUAAGUUUUGGCGUUGAUCUUUCGACGAAAAAUGAGAUUGGAGGGAAGAAGAUAUUGGUUAAGCUGCAGGAUUCGUAA